AUGACAUCAAUCAUACAAGAUGCACCUAAUGAAAUACAAAAAUUGGAAGAAAAAGCUGAAACACUUAAAACAAUUUUUCAAAACAAAUCAAUUGAUGAUCAACAUUAUCAACAUUUAUGGCUUGAAACUUUUGAUUAUCGACAAAAUUUUAUUAAGCAAAAUAUAACUACAGAUCUUAUGGAACAGUUUCCUGUUUAUUCAAAUUCAUCUAUGAUAUUGACAGAUGUUAAACUAUUAACAGGUGUAAAUUUGGAUUAUUCUGUUAAAGAAAAAAUGAAUUUGCUUUCUAAUGAAAUUUGUUCUAAUAAUAAAUUUUUAACAGAUAUGGAAAAAAUUCAAAUGAGAACAUUAUUUGAAUCAACACCAUUUGAACCAACACCGUUUGAACCAACAUCAUUUGAACAACGACCAACGCGUAAAUGUAAAUCAGAUGAAAAACUUGAUUUUGAGCUUUUAUCUCAGGAGACUGAUUCAUCAAAACAAAAAACAACUCGAAAUAUCCGUCCAAAACGACGUCGACAAUAA